CUUUCUUUUCCCAUUUGCUGCACCUCUCUCCCUUCCUCCAUACUUACCCAUCUCUCCCAAGCGCUCUCACUCCCUCUGUCCCUCUCUUACCUCGACAGUUCAUUGCACUCUCUCUCGGUCUCUCUCUCUCACACACACACAAACCUCUCCCCUCUGUUACUCUCGCAAUCAGAGAUAGGGAGAGGGAUUGAGAGAUUGAGAGUGAGAGGCAGACAGGCAGAGAGAGGAAGUGAGAGAGGGUGUGGAGAGAGUGAGAGACAGACAGACAGAGAGAGAGAGAGUGAGUGAGAGAGUGAUGGAGAGAGUGAGAGGGAGACAGAGAGGGGGAGAGAGAGAAAGAGAGAGAGUGAGACAGAGAAAGAGGAGGGGGAGAGAGAGAGGGGGACGGAUAGGGAGAGGGAGAUGGAGAGGGAGAGAGUGAAAUUCCUCUCCUGUCUGGUUCCAUUUAGUCUUGUUUCUCCAUUUUCCCAGUAUCUUCAGCUUCUCAACUUCCCCCGAGCUCUUUACCCGUUCUCUCUCUCCUCGUUCUACACACAUCUCAUCAUCCCUUAGCCUCCCAGCUCCCCACCCCCUCCAUAUCACCAACACAGUAGAGCUGGUUACUGACAACAGGAAGUCAGCCGGGGCGAUGCCGACAUUCCUGUUUACAUCAACGGCAGAGGAUAAGGGGGUUGAGAGCUCCAAUCUCCUGAGAGUGAACACCACUAACAGACUGUCCUUGUCCAGCCACAAGGACACUAUCGCCAAGAAAGCUCAGCAGCAUCUCUGCUUCUGUGAGAGGCUGAAGAAAAUCGGCGCCUCCUGGACGACCAUCAUCUGUUUUUACAGAACACAUCCUCUGCGGAAACUAGUCGUGUUGUCACGGCAACAGCACUGGCCAGCACCGGAAACACUGCAGAGAGCUGUGAACAGGUUCAGUACUCUCCUUCCACAGCAGCUCAAACAACAUCCCGGUGAACCUCUUCGUUGCUGCCCUGAACACCAGCGGCGUAACGGGCUUUGAGAAGGAACCGGGUGGGUUGUUGAUCAAUAAAGGUGUCGGAGCUGACGUGGAGAAAGCAGCAGUAUGGAGUUGAGAGGGAAAUUCGAAUGGUGGAGAAGACUCGAUGGACGGGAUGAGUAUUUCAGUUCCUACGACGAGCGGUACAGAGGUGGGAUGGCGAAGCGAUGUGGAGGAAGCUGCGGGUGCAGGUAAGAGUGAGUGUCCAGGUAGGAGAUGGUGUUCAGCAGCUUUUCACUGCUUCUUCCAACCAACAACAAUUCACUCCGAGUGGAUCGAUCAUAACUGCUUUUAUAUUUACUUGCAGAGGGACGAUGAGCAAUGCAGAAGAGCUGGUAAUAGCUUUGUCCGAAAACAAAACACAGACAGUCCAGUCACUGCGAUGGACUCAAGUUCACGGACAGGGUGCACUCCGUUGUCUGCUGAAUCACAGCUGCGGGUCUGCACUCAAGUGCUCAGGUCUGAAAUGGCAGAACAGUUGUUCAGGGGAAUCUCAACAUGUCAGUUUUGCUCUCUCUGACUGGAUAUAUAAGGAGUCACCAAAUACUUGCUUUGCAAGACGAACACAUCUGUUGUCGAUCCUUGGAAAUCAAGAAGUAUCUCAUCAAGAAGUGAAGUUUUCUUUUCUAACUCAGUGUUACCUGCUGGAACCAGAGUGCUGAGAAAGCACCAGCAUUUGUUCACUGAAGAUCAAUUCUUCAAUUGCAGUGAGAUAUCAUUGUCCUUCUCUCAGUGAGGGAAGGGAUUCACUCACACCCUACCCGCAGACACACCAGUGAGUUCACCGUGGGGAGAGGCCGUUCACCUGCUCUGUGUGAGGGAGGGGAACGACUCAGUCAUCCAGCCUGAAAAUACAUCAGCAAUUUCACACCACAGUGAGAUGCUCCACUUGUUCUGACUGUGAGAAGCAAUUCAUUCUGUCGUUGAUUCUAAAGAUAUAUCUGAAAGUUCAUCAGUGAGAGGACGGUAUCUGGCUUAGCUGGUGAGAAGGCAUUCGCACACUCAACCACAUUGACACCAGUGAGUUCACACUAGGGAGAAGCCAUUCACCUGCUGUGUGUGAAAGGAUUCACUCAAUCUUCUCAACUGAACGAACACCAGUGAAUUCACACUGAGAAGAUGCCGUUCACCUGCUCAGACUGUGGGAAGCAAUUCACUCGCUCAUCAACACUACAGAGACACCAGCGAGUCCACACUGAGGAGAAGCCAUUCACUUGCUCUGAAUGUGGGAAAGGAUUCACUCAGUCGUCUCAACUGGAGGUGCAUCGGCGAAUUCACACUGGGGAGUGGCCAUUCGUGUGCUCUGCAUGUGGGAAGAGAUUCACUUGGUCAUCCAACCUUGUGAGGCACUACCGAGUUCACACUGGGGAGAAGCCGUUCACUUGCUCAGAAUGUGGGAAGGGAUUUGCUCGGUCAUAUCAAAUGAUUGAACAUCAGCGAAUUCACACUGGGGAGAAACCAUUCAGCUGCUCUGAAUGUGGGAGGAGAUUCAAAGAGUCAGACGCACUUGUGAAACACUACCGAAUUCACACUGGGGAGAAGCCAUUCACGUGCUCUGAGUGUGGGAAGGGAUUCACUCACUCAUCAGAUGUUAAAAUACAUCAACGAAUUCACACUGGGGAGAAACCAUUCAUCUGCUCUGAAUGUGGGAAGGGAUUCACUCACUCAUCCAGUCUUGUAAAGCACUGCCGAAUUCACACCGGGGAGAAACCGUUCAUCUGCUCAGAUUGUGGGAAGGGAUUCACUGACUCAUCCAAACUUGUGAGGCACUGCCCAAUUCACACUGGGGAGAAGCCAUUCAGAUGUUCUGAAUGUGGGAAGGGAUUCACUCGGUCAACCAGCCUUGUGAGGCACAGCCAAAUUCACACUGGGGAGAAACUGUUCACCUCCUCAGAUUGCGGGAAGGAAUUCACUCGGUCAUCAGACUUUAAAGUACAUCAACAAAUUCACACUGGCCACUCGCCUGUUCUGAAUGUGGGAAUGGAUUCGCACAUACAUCUCAAUUGAAUGAACAUCAGCGAGUUCACACAAGGGAGAAACUUCAACUGCUCAGACUCUGGGAAGGAGUUCACUCAGACAUCUCACCUACCGACACACCAGACUGUUUUCAGCAGAGAAAGGACGUCGACCUGCUCAGACUGUCGGAAGGCAUUCACACACUGAUCUACACUGCAGAGACAGUGACGGGUUCACACUGUGGGGAGGGUGGUCACCUGCUCAGACUGUCGGAAGGCAUUCACACACUGAUCCACACUGCAGAGACAGUGACGGGUUCACACUGUGGGGAGGGUGGUCACCUGCUCAGACUGUCGGAAGGCAUUCACACACUGAUCCACACUGCAGAGACAGUAGUGGGUUCACACUGUGGGGAGGGUGGUCACCUGCUCAGACUGUGGGAAGGCAUUCACACACUGAUCCACACUGCAGAGACAGUGACGGGUUCACACUGUGGGGAGGGUGGUCACCUGCUCAGACUGUGGGAAGGCAUUCACACACUGGUCCACACUGCAGAGACAGUGACGGGUUCACACUGUCGUGAGGGUGGUCACCUGCUCAGACUGUGGGAAGGCAUUCACACACUGGUCCACACUGCAGAGACAGAGGUGGGUUCACACCGUGGGGAGGGUGGUCACCUGCUCAGACUGUGGGAAGGCAUUCACACACUGAUCCACACUGCAGAGACAGAGGUGGGUUCACACCGUGGGGAGGGUGGUCACCUACUCUGAAUGUGUGAUGGGUUUCAGUCUGUCACUCAUCCUUGUGUCGCCCUACCGAGCUUUGAUCCAUCGUGAAUUGGAGAGAUCAGAAGCUUGAGAGGACGUAAUUCACUCAGGUUCACCAAUGGAGUAUUAAAGGCAAUGGUUCAGGGCAGGUUAUUUUUGAGCUUUCAGCAGUGACCAAUCAGCAUCAGGUCAGGCAGGAGCAAGUAGAGUGGCCAGUGUCAGAGUGGGCAGAGUCAGAGAGGAGACUUUGAGGCUUUAUCUCUUUGAGGUUUCAGUGAGGAAAGCAUCCAAUCAGAGAAGGUAAAAUCAUGAUGGAACUAAAAUUUUUAUCUUAACAUUUGCUCAGUUAGAACAGUAGAGAUGCCAGGCGGGAUAGUGGAAAGCUCCUUUGCGGGAUGUGUCCCUGAUAACCACACCUGUGAGAAGGGCAUCCAGCUUCAACUCCGAACAAUCUACAUUACGGAGCUGGAACUGGAUUAACUCCAGAUCAUUCGGGAGGCUGAAGGGGUGAGAGGUAGGACAUAUAGAGAGGUAGUUGAACCCAAGGUGCACAUGCACAGGAAAUUGGGUGACAGGAAGGGGAAAAGGGGGAAACAGCGAGUGCAGUUUACCUCUGUGUCCAUCCCCCUGAACAACACAGGUAUCACUUUAGAUUCUGUCAGGGAUGGUGGGAUGACCUGGCAAAGGAAAGUCACAGCAACAGGGUCUCGUCUGGCUCUGAGACUGAGAAGGGAAGGGUGGAGACGAGGUGAGCUGUGGUCAGAGGUGAUUCAGCAGCUCGGAACCGACUGGAUGUUCUGUGGGUGAGAAUGAGAUUCCAGGAUGACAUGUUGCCUCCUGUGUGCUCGGGUCUGUGAUAUCUCCGGUCGACUGCUCAGCAUUUCCCAGGAGGGUGAACAGUGAAGGUCGUGGUCCAUGUGGGUAACAACGAUAUAGGGUGGUCAAGUAACGAGCUUCUCAAAGGCAGUUCAGGGAGUGUGCUGCUAAAUUAAAUGGCUGCUCGUCCAGGGCUGUGACCUCAGGACUGCCAUCUGUGCCACGGGCCAGGAAGAGGAAAAAUAAACUGUUUAACACGUGACUGAGGAGUUGGUGCAGGAGGGAGUGUAUAAGAUUUCUGGAUCUUCUGAGCUGGUGAAAAUUGCUGUGUGCAGAGGAGUGUGAGUGUGUUGGGGGAAAGUGCACAUUGCUGAUGGUGUGUGACUGGGCAGGCAGGUCUCUCACACACACAAAGACAUGCAGUGGAGUGGGAGGGAGUGGAGUGAGAAAGGAAAAGGGGAAUGAGGGGGAUGGAGUUAGGACUCCUUCACUAAUUCCCAGACUCACCCACCCCUCCACCUCUGGAAUUGGUCCCAUUCCCUACCCAGGCUGGGAGUGAGCAAUGAGUUGCCUUGUCAAGAAGAAAAGGAAUUAAUUGUUUGAUAGCAUUUUGU